CGACUCAUUUAGUCUCGUAUCCUUUCGCGGAGAGUACUUCAUCGAUACCAUAAUCUGUUAGUACUUGCGUCGUUCUGUGCAUCCUUUUUCACGUUAAUGACAUAAGACACACAACUGUUAAUCGAUUUUCGUUACCUAUAUGUAAUGCCACAUCGAAAGCAACGUUGAACUUCAUACUGCAACAUAAAGUUCUUCCGACUACUUUUCAGAUUUCAGGUAUUCGUGCGCCCUUCCGGAAUUGUCAGACCCUGCAGUGACAGCUUCACUGGUCGGUCGAGUUAUGUACUGAAGGAAUUAAGUUGGAGUUUAUCGACAGAUUCCAUCGUUUUGAGAAAGUGACCUGCUGUUCUUAACAUGGCAGACACGACAGACGGUCCUCCUGGGGAAAAGGAGGCGAAUAAGGCCCCUAGCCCUAAGCCAGAUCAGGACGUAUCCCCUCCCCUAGUAUCUGUCAAGGGAGAUGAAAAGAAAAAGCCUGCACCAAAAACCCCAGCUGCCCCUGCAAAGGGUCCAGCGAAGAAGAAUGUCAUCCUGACAGGAGAGGCGAUGAAAGAAAUGCAGAAACAGGCCAAGCAGAACCGCGAGGAGAGACGCUCACAGUGUGAUGCCCGACACAACUACAUAUUCAAACAGAUUGCAGAUGCUCUCGGUUUGGAAGUGAACAACGUGGAAGACUUCGUGUUCGGAGAUGAGAGAUUUGAUUUAAUUGAGGAACUCUUCAAGCCUGAUGGCGCAAGAAAACUCAUUUUCUUUUAUCAGACUGUGCCGCAAAAGGAAACGAAGAAACUCUUCAUCACGCCUGGCGAUGUGGAGGGAUGCCACGGUCUGUGCCUGUAUUUCCUGCGUACCACGCACAAGGCCAUCACCGUCCAGAAUAUUGCUAAUGAGAUCAAUUUCGGUAGCAUGGACUGCAGCAACGGGAAAGUCCUCAGUGGAUUCGAGGGUUACCUCUCAAAGAUCAUUCUGCCUGCCCUCAAGUCCCUUGAGCAAUGGGGCAGCAGUAUGGUGAAGCCAGGUCCUGUUGUUGUGGAUGAGGAAAACACAGGACCACCACCUCCCGCUCCUGCUAAUAGUGCUACUGCAGAGGAGUUUCUGGAACAGCUAGAGAAGUUUGUCCAGAACCUUAUGUCUGCAGUACGCAACAUGGAGGGGCAGGUCACUCUGGCUGAGAACGGUGUCGGACAUGUCAUUGAAACCAUUGAUUCCCCGAAUGACUACCAGGGUAUAGCCUCUAACACAGAGUACCUGGAGAAGUUUGAAGGCCUGUUGUUGACCUGGUCCAAACAGAUUGAGCAGGUGCUGGCGGAGAGCGAACAGAUGAGGCGCGAGGCCGACGAUAUUGGACCCACCGCCGAGCUCGCCUACUGGAAGAGCAGGAUGGCCAAAUUUAACAACCUGCUUGAACAGAUGAAGAGCCAGCGUGUAAAGGCCACCAUCGGGGUACUGCAAGUCGCCAAGUCUAAAUCUCUCCGCCGCUGGAAGGAACUGGACUGUCGCAUCACUGACGCUGCCAAUGAAGCCAAGGACAAUGUCAAGUACCUGUACACACUGGACAAAUUCUUUGGACCACUGGUCAAAUGCACUCCGGCUACCAUGGUGGAGCACAUCCCGAGCCUGAUGAACGCCAUCCGUAUGAUCUACAGCAUCUCCCAGUACUACAACACCUCGGAGCGCAUGACCUCCCUGUUUGUCAAGGUCACGAACCAGAUGAUCACAACUUGCAAAGCCUACAUCAUGCAUGACGUGUCCAGGAUAUGGGACAUUCCUAGGCCUGUCCUGCUACAGAGGCUGAACGAGUGUACUCAGCUCAAUGACGAGUACCAGAAACAGUUUCAGAAGACUAAACAGAAGCUCCGUGACAACCCGAAUGAACGCAAGUUUGAGUUCAGUGAGAACUACAUCUUUGGAAAGUUUGACACAUUUUGCCGCCGCUUAGAGAGAAUAGCCGACAUGGUAAAUACCAUGGAAAUGUUCUCUGGACUUAACGACGUAAAAAUUGAGGGGAUUGAAAACACUGUGAUCAAGUACAAGACAAUUGUCGAUCAAACCAAGAAGAAGAAUUAUGAUGUACUUGACCACAGGAAAGGGGAGUUUGAUAUGGACUAUACAGAGUUCCGUAACCAGAUUGAAGGGCUGCGGCUGAUGAUGCAGAACUUUAUGGAUACAUGGUUCUCCAGAUCUCUCACGACUGAGAAGUCUGUCGAGCUGCUGUACAAAUUUGAGAAUAUUGGUGGUGCACAGCUUGACAUGAACGAGAAGUAUAUGAAGGUACUGAUGAACUAUGGGAAAGACCUGGAAUCCAUCCGUAAGCUGUACCAGAAGUACAAAGCAGAACCCCUCAUCCCCAGAAACCUUCCCCCCGUUGCCGGGCGCAUUGCCUGGGCACGACAGCUCUACAGGAAGAUUGAACACCCCAUGAAGGUCUUCAAGACUAAGCCCGAAAUUCUCAAGCACCCAGAGGCUAAGAAAAUUGUCAGAAAUUACAACAAAAUGGCCGGUGUUCUCCUUGAGUAUGAGAUGCUGUACCAUCGUGGUUGGAUGAGGGCUGUCGAGGCAGCAAAAGGAGGCCUCAAUGCCGCCUUACUGAUUCGCCAUCCAGAUACCAUGGAUCUGCACGUGAACUUUGACCCUCAAGUCCUGGAGCUAAUCCAGGAAUCCAAGUGUUUACAAGCCCUGAACCUGGAGGUUCCGGAGGCUGCCAAGGCAAUGAUUGUCACUGAGGAGCAGAUCAAGGCCAAUGCUGUAUCGCUCCGCGAGAUGUUGAACGAAUACCACCGUAUCGUAUCGGAGAUCCCACAGGUGCUCCUGCCACUAAUGCAGCCAAUCAGGGACAAGGUGGAGGAGUCUCUGUUGCCCGGAGUUAUUGCCCUUACAUGGUCUUCCCUCAAUGUGGAUGAUUAUAUUCAAGAGAACUACAAGAAGAUGAUAGAGCUGGAGAAGUUGUCCAAGGUCGUGCGCGAUAUCCUAGAGUGUAGGAUAGAGGCCGUCCUACAGGACAUGUCCCUUUCUGCUCUCUGCGACCUUCCAGAAGACGAGGCUAUCACCAUGGAGAAAUUCCUGGAAAUAACCUCGGAAGUUGUGGAUACCGCAUCGAAACAACUGGCUGUUCAAAGCCAGCUGGUUGAAAAGGCAGUGUAUGAACUGACCGAAACCCUGCGCAUGACAUUGCCCGAAUCAAUCCGAGAAAACCUGAAUCCAGAGGAAGGCUACAGCUGUGCACAACCUGACCCGAAAAACAAGAAACAGCGUUGCCAGGAGUGUCAGCCAUGUUCAUACUAUGCUCUUCUCAACCACUUCACGCAGAGGAACACGGAGGCGCUUGUGAAAUGUACUCGCCUGUCACUGGACGCCAUCAAACGUCGACUCCAGACAUCCAACAAGUACACAACUGACGCUAAUCGUGAUGACACAAAGCCGCCCUUGUUCCGUGCGGACAUCGUGCUAGCAAUCCCAAAUGUGGUGAUGAAGCCGAGUUUGGACGACAUUCAGUCAGCUCUAAACAAGGCUGUCCAGAUCAUCCUCAAGACGUCGAUGGACAUCCCACAGUGGGAACACCUCGUUCUCCACCAGCGACAGCAGCAGAGGGAGAUGGACCAAGCUGUAGCUGCAGAGGCUGACGAGGGAACCAAGAUUAUACCCACCUCCCUUAUCAAGCCCCUCCAUAAGAUUAUCAGCGAGCACAAGGACAUACAGAAAAUUGUUAUCCAGCUCAACUCCAUCGUCUCAACUUUCAAGGUUGAGGUCAAUGAAGUGCUAGAAAACUUCACUAAAUACGCUCACUUGUGGGACAAGGAACCUGUCGCUUCAGUGAAGGAGUUUAUGAUAGCUAAUCCCAUCCUGACUGAGAUCGAAGCACAGAUCAAGUUCUACCAGAAACUGGAGACAGACAUUGAAGAGAUGCAGUAUAGUUACCGUGUGGGGUCCGUAAUGUUCGUGACCGACCCUCUCAAACUGGCCCUCAUCACUGAGGCUAAGAACUGGAAGAUGGCAUACGCGAAAGCACUCAACGAGAAAUGUGCUGGUGAAAUGGACGAAAUGCUUGAUUUCAUUGACACUCUUACCAAGAGACUUUCACGUCCAGUCAAAGAUUUGGACGACGUACGUGCAGAAAUGGCCGCCCUUGCUGAGAUUCGUGAGGCGGAAAUCAAAAUUGAUAUGACCAUCACGCCAGUGGAGGAGUCCUAUGCCAUGCUGAACAGAUACAACAUCUUCUUCAAUGAUGGAAACGCGGAGCGCGUAGAUUCCUUGUCCUACGGGUGGAAGAAGUUGAUAGCACAGAGCCAACAAGUACAGAACCACUUGCUUGAGAUUCAACCCAAGUUUAAGUCAGACCUCCUUGCAGGUGUCGAGACCUUCAUCAACUCAUCCAACGAGUUCUCUGAGGACUAUAACACAGCUGGUCCUAUGGAAGACGGGAUUGUUCCCCGUGAAGCUUCUGAUCGUCUCAAUAUCUACCAGGCCCGAUUUGAUGAACUGUGGAGAAAGUAUGUUACCUACAAUGGAGGGGAGGAACUAUUUGGCCUGCCAGUUACCCAGUAUCCCGACCUACAGCGCAUACGUAAAGAGCUCAACCUGCUCCAGAAACUCUACUCCCUGUAUAACAUUGUGCUGGAGAAUGUCAACGGUUACAACGACAUCCCCUGGGUCGAGAUCGACAUUGAGAAAAUUAACAAUGAACUUCUGGACUUCCAAAACAAAUGCCGGAAGUUACCCAAGGCCCUGAAGGAAUGGCAGGCCUACGAGGAGUUGAAGAAAACAAUUGACGACUUCAACGAGACUUGUCCUCUGCUGGAGAUGAUGGCUAACAAGGCCAUGAUGCCACGUCACUGGGAGCGCCUUGCUCAGAUCACGGGACACACGUUCGACGUCGAUGCCGACAACUUCCUACUCCGUAACUUAAUGGAAGCUCCACUGUUGGAGAACAAAGAAGACAUUGAGGAUGUGUGUAUCUCGGCGGUGAAAGAGAAGGACAUUGAAGCCAAGCUGAAAACAGUGGUCAACGAUUGGAGUGGCCAGGACUUUCAGUUCGCUGGCUUCAAGAACAGGGGAGAACUUCUCCUGAAAGGUGACACAACAUCAGAAACGGUGGCAUUAAUGGAGGACAGCUUGAUGGUUCUGGGAUCGCUGCUAAGCAACAGGUACAAUGCUCCGUUCAAACCAAAGAUCCAGGAAUGGGUCCAGAAACUAACCGGGACAACGGAGAUCAUUGAGAAUUGGCUCGUGGUACAGAACUUGUGGAUCUACCUAGAGGCUGUGUUUGUGGGCGGUGAUAUUGCCAAACAGCUACCACAGGAAGCCAAGCGUUUCAGUAACAUUGACAAGUCCUGGAUGAAGAUCAUGCAGCGAGCUCACGAGAACCCAAAUGUAGUUCAGUGCUGUGUCGGAGACGACACCAUGAUGCAGCUCCUUCCCCAUCUACUGGAGCAGCUGGAGAUCUGUCAGAAAUCCCUGACAGGAUACCUGGAGAAGAAACGUCUUGUCUUCCCCAGAUUCUUCUUCGUCUCCGACCCUGCCCUGCUGGAAAUCCUCGGGCAGGCCAGCGACUCGCACACAAUUCAGAACCAUCUCCUGUCUGUGUUUGACAAUACAAGACUGGUGACAUUUGAUGAGAAAGUUUACGAUAAGAUUCUCUCCCUCAACUCCCAGGAGGGAGAGAAUGUGCCUCUAGAGGAACCAGUUAACGCACAGGGUAACGUGGAGAUCUGGUUGGGUGACCUUUUAAAGGGAUCCAGAAGGUCUGUUCAUUCUGUUAUCCGAUCUGCUUCCGUCUCCAUUGGUGACUCCAACUUCAAACUGGUGGAGUUUGAAAACAUGUUCCCAGCACAGGUUGGACUGCUAGGUCUGCAGAUGAUUUGGACAAGGGAUUCGGAAGACGCCCUAACCAACGCACGAACGGACAAGAAAAUCAUGGUCAACACCAAUCAGAAGUUCCUUGACAUCCUGAACGAACUCAUCGCCAUGACAACUGAGGAACUGACAAAACUCGAGAGGAUAAAAUACGAAACUCUCAUUACUAUUCAUGUGCAUCAAAAGGACAUCUUUGACGACCUGGUGAAAAUGCACAUUCGCUCCACAGGUGACUUUGAGUGGCUGAAGCAGUCUCGUUUCUACUUCAAAGAGGAUACAGACCAGUGUAUCAUUUCCAUCACUGAUGUCGACUUCAUCUACCAGAACGAGUUCCUGGGAUGUACCGAGCGUCUUGUCAUCACUCCGCUCACUGACAGGUGUUACAUCACACUGUCCCAGGCCCUAGGCAUGUCGCUCGGUGGGGCUCCAGCUGGCCCCGCGGGUACAGGCAAGACAGAGACUACCAAGGACAUGGGACGUUGUCUCGGCAAAUAUGUUGUCGUCUUCAAUUGCUCAGAUCAGAUGGACUACAGAGGUCUUGGUCGUAUCUACAAAGGUUUGGCACAGUCAGGCUCGUGGGGCUGCUUUGACGAGUUUAAUCGUAUUGAGCUUCCAGUGCUUUCUGUGGCCGCCCAGCAGAUCGCCAUUGUACUACAGUGUAAGAAGGAACGCAAACCUAACUUCAUCUUCACUGACGGGGACCAUGUAGACAUGGACACAGAGUUUGGCAUCUUUUUGACCAUGAACCCAGGUUACGCUGGUCGACAGGAGUUGCCAGAGAAUCUCAAAAUCAACUUCCGUACCGUGGCCAUGAUGGUGCCAGACAGAGCUAUUAUCAUCCGUGUCAAGCUGGCCAGUUGUGGUUUCAUGCAAAACAUUGUGCUCUCCAAGAAAUUCUUCACCCUCUACAAGCUUUGUGAGGAACAGCUCACCAAACAGGUCCAUUAUGAUUUUGGUCUGCGUAACAUUUUGUCUGUAUUGCGUACGCUUGGAGCAUUCAAGAGAGCAAACCCUGAGGAUCCCGAGACAACUAUUGUGAUGAGAGUUUUGAGGGACAUGAACUUGUCCAAACUCGUAGACGAGGACGAACCAUUGUUUAUGUCGCUGAUUGACGAUUUGUUCCCCGGCAUCACCCUUGACAAGGCUGGUUAUCCCGACAUGGAGGCCGCCAUUGAGAAGGAGGUGACGGAGGGAGGUCUUAUCAACCAUGCUCCCUGGGUCCUGAAGUUGAUUCAGCUGUUUGAGACCCAGCGUGUGCGUCACGGCAUGAUGACGCUGGGACCUACCGGAGCAGGGAAGACUAAGUGUAUCCACACACUAAUGAAGGCUAUGAGUGACUGUGGCGCCCCCCACAAGGAGAUGAGGAUGAACCCGAAAGCCAUCACUGCGCCACAGAUGUUUGGUCGUCUGGACGUUGCUACCAAUGACUGGACGGAUGGAAUCUUCUCUACCUUGUGGAGGAGAACACACAAAACAAAGAAGGGUGAUCACGUAUGGCUUGUGUUAGAUGGGCCAGUCGACGCUAUCUGGAUUGAGAACUUAAACUCUGUCCUCGACGACAACAAAACCCUGACCCUGGCCAACGGUGAUCGUAUUCCGAUGGCGCCUAACUGUAAGAUCAUCUUUGAGGUGCACAACAUCGACAAUGCAUCACCUGCCACUGUGUCGAGAAACGGCAUGGUGUUCAUGUCCAGUUCAAUCAUGGACUGGAACCCCAUCCUCAAAGGAUGGUUGUUGACAAGACCAGCCAACCAACAGGACACCAUAUUUGAUGCGUUUGAGAACAACUUCCCACAGGCCUACACAUACAGCAUGCAGUCCCUUUGGCCCAAGAUGCCCAUCCUCGAGUGUAUGUACAUCAAGCAGGCUAUUGACCUACUCGAGGGACUCAUCCCAAGGGGAGAGGAAGGCAAGGACAUCAAGCCUGACCACCUUAAAAGGCUGAUUGUCUUCGCCAUCAUGUGGUCAGUUGGGGCUCUGCUGGAACUGGAGGACAGGAAAAAGAUUCAAGAAUUUAUGCAAACCAACGGUAACCUGCCGUUACCCACACUCGCCGAAGACGACACCAUCUUUGAGUAUAUGGUUGGAGAGAACGGCCAGUGGGAACAUUGGUCUGGCAGGGUUCCAGAGUAUGUUUAUCCUGAUGAUAGUAUUCCGGAGUACACCUCCAUCCUGGUACCGAAUGUUGACAACGUGAGGACAGAUUACCUCCUCCACGCCAUCUGCAAACAGGAAAAGUCUGUCUUACUCAUUGGUGAACAGGGAACUGCCAAGACUGUGAUGGUUCAGGGAUAUUGUAACAAGUUUGAUCCAGAAUUGCACCUUUUCAAGAGUCUGAACUUCUCCAGUGCUACCCAGCCAAUCAUGUUCCAGAGGACCAUUGAAGGCUAUGUGGAUAAACGUAUGGGCACAACAUACGGUCCACCAGCUGGAAGGAAGAUGACGGUGUUCGUUGACGACAUCAACAUGCCCACAAUCAACAACUGGGGAGAUCAGGUCACAAACGAGAUCACACGUCAGAUGAUGGAAGUGAAAGGAUUCUACAACCUUGAAAAGCCUGGAGAGUUUAUCAACAUUGUAGACAUACAGAUGAUUGCCGCCAUGAUCCACCCAGGUGGUGGCAGAAAUGACAUUCCGUCACGUCUCAAGCGACAAUUCUGUGUGUUCAAUUGUUGUUUACCUUCCAACGCUUCCAUUGACAAAGUUUUCGCUACCAUUGGUAGCGGCUACUUCAUCACCAAACGUGGCUUUCCUGCUGAAGUGACAGAACUGAUUUCUACGCUGGUGCCUGCCACAAGAAAACUCUGGCAAAGAGUGAAAAUCAAGAUGCUGCCCACCCCGGCCAAGUUCCACUACGUCUUCAAUCUGCGUGAUCUCAGUCGUAUCUGGCAGGGUAUGUUAAAUACCACAGAAGAAGUUGUCACCAGUGUGAAAGUGAUGAUGUCGCUUUGGAAGCAUGAAAGUUACCGUGUCAUUGCCGAUAGAUUUACUGAAUACGCGGACAAAGAUUGGUUUGAGAAAAACAUCAAACAGGUGGCCGAGGAGGAGUGUGGCAGUGCGGCCUUUAACGAGAUGGAUGAGGAACCCUACUUUGUUGACUUCCUGCGAGAGGCACCAGAAAUAACAGGUGAUGAGCCGGAGGAUGCUGACAUGGAGGCACCAAAGAUCUACGAGCCAAUCCCCAGUCUGGAUAUUUUACAGGAACGCCUGCUCGGCUACAUGGAACAGUACAACGAGACUAUCAGAGGCACAAAGAUGGAUAUGGUCUUCUUUAAGGACGCCAUGACAAACCUGUUGAAGAUAUCGCGUGUGAUUCGUACCCCAAGAGGACACUCCCUAUUGGUGGGCGUGGGUGGAUCCGGUAAACAGAGCUUGACCAAACUGGCUUCUUACAUCGCGGGAUACAAGACCUUCCAAAUCACACUCACAAGAUCUUACAAUGUGAGUAACCUCAUGGAUGACCUAAAGUUCCUGUAUCGUACAUCUGGACAGCAGGGCAGUGGUAUCACCUUCAUCUUCACAGACAAUGAAAUCAAGGACGAAGGCUUCCUCGAGUACAUGAACAAUAUCCUGUCUUCAGGAGAGGUGUCAGGCCUGUUUGCUCGAGAUGAAAUGGAUGAGAUAUUACAAGAACUGAUUGGAGUGAUGAAGAAAGAAUUCCCUCGCCGAGUACCAACCAACGAAAAUCUAUACGACUUCUACCUGUCCAGGUGUCGACAGAACCUUCACGUGGCUCUCUGCUUCUCACCCGUGGGAGAGAAGUUCCGCAGCAGGUCCCUUAAGUUCCCUGGGCUAAUAUCUGGUUGUACCAUGAACUGGUUCCAGAGGUGGCCCAAGGAUGCCUUGAUUGCGGUGUCGAACCACUUCCUGGCCGAAUUUGACAUCUCCUGCACACCUGUUGUAAAACAGGCUGUAGUCAGCACUAUGGGGAUCUUCCAGGACAAUGUCGCAGAAACUUGUAUAGACUAUUUCCAGAGGUACAGGCGUCAGGCGUACGUCACCCCAAAAUCGUACCUAUCCUUUAUUGCUGGUUACAAGACCAUUUAUGCCGAAAAGAGAGGAGGAAUUCAGAUGCUUGCCGAUAGGAUGAACACAGGUCUGGACAAACUGGUGGAGGCUACAGAGUCUGUCCAUGAACUGUCCAAGGAGCUAGCCGUCAAGGAGAAGGAACUUGCCGUUGCAUCCAAAAAGGCCGACAAAGUGCUGGCCGAGGUGACUGUAUCUGCUACUGCGGCCGAGAAGGUCAAGGCUCAAGUGCAGACGGUCAAGGACAAAGCACAGAAUAUUGUAGAUACCAUUUCUGUGGACAAAGAAGCAGCUGAAACGAAGUUGGAGGCUGCCCGCCCAGCCUUGGAGGAUGCUGAGCUUGCCCUUCAGUCCAUCAAGCCAACUCACAUCGCUACAGUGAGAAAGCUAGCCAAGCCACCUCACUUGAUCAUGCGUAUCAUGGAUUCGGUGCUACUGCUGUUCCAGAGGAGGAUUGACCCUGUAACAGCUGAUCCGGAGAGACCCUGCCCCAAGCCAUCCUGGGCAGAGGCACUCAAACUCAUGAGCAGUGGAACGUUCCUGAACGGUCUCCUCAACUUCCCCAAGGAUUCCAUCAACGAGGAAACUGUGGAACUUUUGAAGCCAUACUUAAGCAUGGAGGAUUACAGCAUGGACAAUGCCAAGAAAGUGUGUUCUGAUGUUGCUGGACUUGCAAACUGGACACUGGCUAUGUCGUUCUUCUUCAGCAUCAACAAGGAGGUUUUGCCUCUCAAGGCUAAUCUAGCUGUUCAGGAAGCGAGGCUUGGAGGGGCCAUGAGUGACCUGAACGAGGCGCAGGCAACCUUGGAUGAAAAGGAGACUGAGCUCGCAGGAGUGCGAGCAAUGUACGAUGCUGCCAUGCUGGAGAAACAGACCCUGUUGGAUGAUGCCGAAGGUUGCCGAAGGAAGAUGACCAAUGCUACAGCUUUGAUUGAAGGCCUUGCAGGUGAGAGGAUCCGUUGGACGGAGGCGAGCAAGGGCUUCGCAUCGCAGAUCCAUCGACUGGUAGGCGACGUCCUGCUCUGCACGGGCUUCUUAUCCUACACGGGACCCUUCAAUCAGGAAUUCCGAACUCUCAUCAUCCGCAACUGGAAAAAGGAAAUGGUGGCAGGAAAGAUUCCCUUUAGUGAUGAGUUGAACAUCAUCAACAUGUUGGUAGAUAAUGCUACCAUCAGUGAGUGGAGUCUUCAAGGGCUUCCUAAUGACGAACUGUCCAUACAAAAUGGUCUGAUCGUCACCAAGGCCAGCCGUUACCCACUGCUCAUCGACCCUCAGGGCCAGGGCAAAUUCUGGAUCAAAAAGAGGGAAGCAGGCAGCGAACUACAGAUCACGGCACUGAACCACAAAUACUUCAGGACCCACCUUGAAGACAGCCUGUCCCUGGGGCGUCCCCUCCUUAUUGAGGAUGUCGGAGAGGACCUUGAUCCCGCCCUUGACAACGUCCUGGAGAAAAAUUUCAUCAAGUCUGGAUCAACAUUCAAGGUAAAAGUUGGAGACAAGGAAGUGGAUGUGAUGAAGGGCUUUACAAUGUACAUAACUACCAAGCUGGCCAACCCAACAUACACCCCAGAGGUCUCCGCCCGAACGUCCAUUGUGGACUUCACCGUAACCAUGAAGGGACUGGAAGACCAACUGCUGGGAAUUGUCAUCCUUACAGAGAAACAGGAACUGGAAUCUGAGCGUACCAACCUACUGGAGGAAGUGACGGCCAACAAACGCAAGAUGAAGGAACUUGAGGACAACCUGCUGUACCGUCUGACUUCCACCAAAGGCUCCCUGGUUGAGGAUGAGUCACUCAUUGAAGUGCUCCGCAUCACCAAGACAACUGCUGAGGAAGUCAGUGAGAAACUGAAGAUUGCUGCUGAGACCGAGAUCAAAAUCAACUCUGCCCGGGAGGAGUUCCGUCCCGUCGCAUCGAGAGGCAGCAUCCUGUACUUCGUGAUUGUGGAAAUGAGCAUGGUCAAUACCAUGUACCAGACAUCUCUCAAACAGUUCCUGGAGAUUUUCGACUUGUCAAUGGCAAAGUCACAGAAAUCUCCUAUCACUUCCAAGAGAAUCAAUAACAUCAUAGAGUAUUUGACAUUUGAAAUUUUCCGAUACACAGCUCGUGGUCUCUACGAGUCGGACAAAUUCUUGUACACCAUGUUGUUAACCGCCAAAGUAGAACUAGCCGCGGGCAGGAUAAGGCCAGAGGAGUUCCAGGUAUUCAUCAAAGGUGGCGCUGCUUUGGACCUGAAUGCAGUUGAACCCAAACCUAGGAAGUGGAUAAUGGAUAUGACUUGGCUUAACUUAGUGGAACUGUCCAGACUUCCACAGUUCUCACAGAUCUGUGGACAAGUAUCUCGCAACGACAAGGCUUGGAAGAGCUGGUUUGACGAGGAUGCGCCUGAGGAAUGUACUAUCCCUGAUGGUUACAGUACCACCUUGGAUACAUUCCGUAAGCUGCUCCUCAUCCGAAGCUGGUGCCCAGACAGAACCAUUCCAAUGGCCCGUAAAUACAUUGCUGAGGCAAUGGGUGUCAGGUUUGCAGAAGGUGUGAUCCUGAACCUUGAUUCAAUGUGGGAAGAAUCCCAGCCCAGGACACCAAUGGUGUGCUUCCUGUCGAUGGGGUCCGAUCCCACAGACAAUAUCUUGUUGGUGGGCAAGAAGAAGAAUGUCAAGUGUGGCGCAAUCUCCAUGGGGCAAGGACAGGACGUCCACGCCCGACGUGCAUUGUCCAUAUCAAUGGCAGAAGGACAGUGGGUCCUCCUCCAAAAUUGCCAUCUUGGUCUCGACUUCAUGGAUGAGCUCCUGGACACUGUUCUGAAUACUGAGAACGUCAACGAAGGUUUCCGACUUUGGCUAACAACCGAACCUCACCCCAAAUUUCCCAUCAAUAUGCUGCAAUCAUCCAUCAAAUUCACCAAUGAACCUCCACAGGGAGUGAAGGCUGGUCUCAAACGAACAUAUGCGCUCAUCUCUCAGGAACAACUAGAGUACACCAACCUACCACAGUGGAAGCCCAUGCUCUAUGGCGUGGCCUUCCUUCAUACUACCGUACAGGAACGGCGUAAGUUCGGACCCAUUGGAUGGAACAUUCCAUAUGAAUUUAACCAGGCUGACUUCUCAGCUACGGUACAGUUCAUACAGAACCAUCUCGAUGACAUGGACCCAAAGAAGGGUGUGUCUUGGAGCACAGUGAGAUACAUGAUUGGUGAGAUCCAGUAUGGUGGGCGUGUCACAGACGACUACGACAAGCGCCUCCUCAACACCUAUGCGAAGGUCUGGUUUAGUGAGGGCAUGUUUGCCGAGUCCUUCAGUUUCUAUACGGGAUAUAAGAUCCCCAAGUGUAAGACCAUUGACGAAUAUCGUAACUACAUAGAGGGCUUACCACUGCAGGACUCGCCGGAGUGUUUCGGAUUACAUUCCAAUGCUGACAUUACUUAUCAGACCAAUACAGCUAACACUAUGCUGGAGAACAUCGUGAAUAUUCAGCCUAAAGAUACCGGAGGCGGUAGUGGGGAGACUCGAGAGAGUGUCGUCUACAGACUCGCCAACGACAUGCUGGACAAACUACCCAAUGAUUACGUUCCUCAUGAAGUCAAGGAUCGCUUGAGGAAGAUGGGAAUUCUACAGCCCAUCAAUAUCUUCCUUCGCCAGGAAAUUGACCGCAUGCAGAAGGUCAUUCUACUGGUCAGAACCACGCUGAUUGACCUGAAGCUUGCGAUCGACGGUACCAUCAUCAUGAGUGAGAAUCUGCGUGAUGCCCUUGACAACAUGUUUAAUGCCCGUGUGCCCACAAACUGGAAGAAAAUUUCCUGGGAAUCGGCAACCCUCGGGUUCUGGUUUACAGACCUACUUGAGCGAAACGCCCAGUUCCAUACCUGGGUGUUUGAUGGCCGACCCAUAUCUUUCUGGAUGACUGGAUUCUUUAACCCCCAGGGUUUCCUGACCGCAAUGAGACAAGAAAUCACUCGAGCCCAUAAAGGCUGGGCUUUGGACACUGUCAUCCUCGACAAUGAGAUCACCAAAAUGAUGAAAGAGGACCUUACAUCGCCACCCAGUGAAGGUGUGUACGUGUACGGUUUGAUUCUCGACGGAGCUGGCUGGGACCGUAGAUCUGCUCGCUUGAUAGAACCUACUCAGAAGGUUCUAUACACGCCUUUGCCUGUCGCUCAUGUGUUCGCUACGAACCAGGAGAAGCAAGGCAAAGCACAGAAUCUGUACGACUGUCCCGUGUACAAAAAACCACGUCGUACAGAUCUAACCUACAUUUUCCCGCUAGGUCUGAAGACGAACAAAAACCCUGACCACUGGACACUCCGAGCUGUCGCUCUGCUCUGCGACACCAAGUAAACUGGACAUUAAAGCUACUGGACAUUGUACUGUUAAAAAAAACACCAUUGUGGUGACCUAUUAAUAUCUAUGAAAAAAAACAUUGUGUUAACCUAUUAAUAUCUAUGAAAGAUGAGGAAACAGUGAACAUUACAAGACCUUGUGUCUAAAACCUAAUAAUAAACGUUUAUACAUUGGAUUAUCAGUGACAAAUACAUGUACUUGCUCAUAAUCAGAAGAAUUGGUGCAAAUUCAAGACUUGUGCUCAUAUACAUUGAUGCAUCUAUCCUCUUCAUUCUUUUUCCAACAAUAAGAAAUUUGUCCUGACAAUAAAAAUUAUGGAUUUGUGUUUGUCUGGAGAAAAAUGUGAUAUUCCCACCCUAAUAAGUAUCCCCAAAUGAUAAGAGUAAAGGGGAAUAACUCUAUUGUAACUUUUGUUUUAUUUGCCCGUCACUACUGAGAAUAUUUAUGCAAUAUGACAGUAACUAUCACAAUGAGAAAAGUUUCUGUUGUAAGGUGUAAACACCUAUAAUCUCCAAUAUAUAAAUAUACAAUCAAAUAAUUGUUUUUUGUGCGAGAGCAUUGUAAAUUGAAAUUUUAAAAGAAACAGUCUGAAAGACUUGAAUUUAUCGAUAUUUGUAUCUAUUUGUUUCUGUUUAUUCACACAAAUGCUAAAAUAAUUUAAUUUUGUAUCAAUAUACUGCAAUUUAUUGUGUUUAAAUUAAACAUUAUUCGAGACGAAAACGAUAACAACAGUAGAAAAUGUUAAACAGUUUUUUAACAUCCUGUUUUUUUUGUGGUUACUUUAAUCAGACAUUUGGAAAAAAAUCCUGAAUGUUAACAUUACCUGUUAGAUUUCUGUGAUGUACAAGAGAUGUACAUGUACCAUAUAAUUCCUGUCCAUUUUCUGGCCACAGUACCACCAACACAUCUGUGUGGCUCUUCGGAGGCUAUUUCCUUCUGCAAUCAACAUAGUUUUUGACCUCUUUUGUAAUUCGCGUAUAUUCAGAAGUCAAAGUUGAGUGCAAUGGUAGCGCCCAAGACUGUUGGCAGUAUUGUGGCCCCAAUAUUUACGAAAUCCGUCCAAUUUUUACAGGGUUGUGUGUGUGAAAGGUAGGUUACAAUACUGAACAUCAGGAAAGAUUUACUCAUUUGUUUAGGAUUAUAAAUCAAGUCUUGAGCAAAGACAGUCAUGCUUUUUCAAUCAAGGAACAUUCACAUUAAUUAGGCAGUCACCUAGGUAUAAUAAGAAUUUAAAAAUUCUUUCAGUAAAGCAAAGAAUUUUUGACUUGUACUUAAAUUCAAUGAAUUGUUUUCUGAUGUACAGCACUGUGUCUACCCUGGAAAUUCCGUCUACAGUAUUUAAUAUUUAUAUUUAUAUAUGUGUGUGUGUUCUUCGAAAUAUUUGUUUUUAUUAAUAUAUAUUUUUUUUGUCAUUCAUCUACAACAAAUUUUCAUGAAGAGUUUAUUUUAUUUUGUGUUACAGCUUUUGAAUUGUUAUCAUUGCACAUUCUAUUAUAUUUAUCUGUUGUUAUUCGUAUAUUAAUAUUGAAUGGUUUGUCUGUCACUAAAUUGUUUGGAAUAAAACCAUUGCAUGUUGGAA